GGGAUGGCCAGGAAGAGAAGCUGAGAGCCGAAGAGGUGGAUCGACUGAUAGCCUCCCUCUUUGACAGGAUGACGGAGUGUGUUUACUCCCAGCCUGUCCAGUCCUUUGCUGUGGAGACACGCCCACAAGAGCUCUUUGAGGUCAACAUUCUAGGGGAGGGUCGGCACGCCCUGGAGAGAGCCAAUCAGGAGCUGGGACUGGCCUUUGACAACUGGGACCUGGAUUAUUACACUGCUCUGUUCCAGAGGGUUCGUAGGAACCCCACCAGCGUGGAGUGCUUCGACCUGGCCCAAUCUAACAGUGAGCACAGCCGCCAUUGGUUCUUUAGAGGUGCCAUGACAAUUGAUGGACAGAAGCAGGAGGGGUCUCUUUUCAGCCUCAUUAUGGGUACCCAGCGCCAUAGCAACCAAAAUAAUGUUAUCAAGUUCUGUGACAACAGCAGUGGUAUCCAGGGCCGGGAGGUGGAGUGCCUGUACCCUGAGGACCCAGCCCAGGCCAGCCCCUACCGCAGGCUGCACGCCACUCGUCAUGUCAUCUUUACCGCUGAGACGCACAACUUCCCCACUGGCGUGGCUCCGUUCAGCGGUGCCACCACAGGCACGGGGGGGCGUAUCCGCGAUGUCCAGAGCACGGGCCGGGGAGCGCACAUCAUCGCCGGCACCGCGGGAUACUGCUUCGGCAACCUCCACCUCCCAGGUUAUGCCCUGCCGUGGGAAGAGGAGGGGUGGGAAUACCCUCCCAAUUUCGCGCCCCCCCUCCAGGUUGCUAUCGAAGCCAGUGAUGGGGCGUCCGACUACGGGAACAAGUUUGGCGAGCCAGUCUUGGCAGGGUUCGCCCGCUCUUUCGGGAUGCAGCUGCCGAGUGGCGAGAGGCGGGAGUGGAUCAAGCCGAUCAUGUUCAGCGGGGGAGUGGGCUCCAUCGAUGACCGGCAUGUCGCCAAAGAGGGGGCGGAGCCAGGAAUGGAGGUGGUAAAGAUUGGGGGUCCUGUAUACAGAAUCGGCGUUGGAGGAGGGGCAGCUUCGUCUAUACAGGUGCAGGGUGACAACUCCAGCGACCUGGAUUUUGGGGCGGUGCAGCGGGGCGAUGCGGAGAUGGAGCAGAAGAUGAACCGUGCGCUGAGGGCCUGCAUUGAGCGCUGUGACCGGAACCCUGUGUGCAGCAUCCACGACCAGGGGGCUGGGGGGAAUGGGAAUGUUCUGAAGGAGCUGAUUGAGCCAGCAGGAGCCAUUAUCUACGCCAGCAAGUUCAAGACAGGUGACCCCACGCUCAGUGUGCUGGAGAUCUGGGGGGCGGAAUACCAAGAGAGCAAUGCUUUGCUCAUCCGCUCCUCUGACCGAGACUUCCUGCAGAAAGUGUGCGCUCGAGAAAAGUGUCCCCUGGAUUUUGUUGGGAAGAUCACUGGGGAUGGCAAGGUUGUGCUGGUGGAUGACCUCCAUGGGCCUGCUGCCCAGGGUGACGCAGUGAGGUGCCCAGUGGACCUGGAGCUGGACUGGGUGCUGGGGAAGAUGCCGCAGAAGGAGUUUGUUUUGAAGAGUAUGAAGCCCGACCUUCGACCCUUGACCCUGCCCCCUGACCUGUCCGUUCGAGUGGCACUGGAGCGCGUGCUGAGGCUGCCGGCUGUGGCCAGCAAACGAUUCCUCACUAACAAGGUGGACCGCUCAGUGACGGGGCUGGUAGCGCAGCAGCAGUGCGUCGGUCCGCUCCACACGCCCCUGGCCGACGUCGCCGUGGUAGCGCUGUCCCCCUUCGACUGUGUGGGGGCGGCGACCGCGGUGGGGGAGCAGCCUGUGAAAGGCCUGGUGUCCCCAGCCGCGGGGGCGCGCAUGGCGGUGGGCGAGGCCCUCACCAACCUGGUCUUCGCGCGCGUGUCCGCACUCAGGGAUGUGAAAUGCAGCGGAAACUGGAUGUGGGCCGCAAAGCUGCCAGGCGAGGGCGCGGCGCUCCGCGAGGCGUGCCAGGCAAUGUGUGAUGUCAUGGGCCAGCUGGGCGUGGCCGUGGAUGGGGGCAAAGACUCCCUGAGCAUGGCAGCACGUGUCGGUGGGCACACUGUCAAGGCACCAGGUGCUUUGGUGAUCUCAGUCUAUGCUGUUAGUCCUGACAUUACUGCCACUGUGACCCCUGACCUCAAGGACCCUGAAGGCAAAGGUGUGUUGCUGUAUGUGCCUGUGUGUGUGGGUCAGUACCGGCUGGGCGGUUCUGCUCUGGCUCAGUGUUUCUCUCAGCUGGGAGACUGCGCCCCUGACCUUGACUGUCCACGAGAUUUGGUCACCUGUUUCAACACCACCCAGCGCCUUAUACAGGACUCCUUGCUCAGCGCAGGACAUGAUGUCAGUGAUGGAGGGCUGAUUUCCUGCCUUCUGGAGAUGGCCUUCGCCGGGAAUCGUGGGAUAGAGGUGGACCUGCCCCUGCAGGGUCCUGGAGUGCUAGAUGUCCUGUUCUCGGAGGAACUGGGUCUGGUUCUGGAGGUGUCUGAGUCCAGUGUGUCCCUGGUGUGUCAGAGCUACUCUGAUGCAGGCCUCACCUGUCACAGGAUUGGCAGAACAACAGGCUUUGGACCCCAGUCCAUGGUCAGGGUGAGUGUGUGUGGACAGGAAGUGCUUUGUGAACGACUGCCCGACCUCAGGGCGUUGUGGGAGUCCACCAGUUUCCAGCUGGAGCGCCUACAGGCCAAUCCGCUUUGUGUGCAGCAGGAAGAGGAGGGGCUAGCUAGACGCACAGCGCCCAAUUACAAGCUGACCUUUGAUCCAGCCCAGACCCCUCCCGUCCUGAAAGACCUGGCCCAGGAAAAGCCGCGAGUGGCUGUUGUGCGCGAGGAGGGCAGUAAUGGGGACCGAGAGAUGGCCGCUGCUCUGCUCAUGGCCGGAUUUGAGGUAUGGGAUGUGACCAUGCAGGAUCUGUGCUGUGGCUCUGUGACCCUUGAACGUUUCAGAGGUGUGGUGUUUGUGGGCGGCUUCAGCUAUGCAGAUGUCCUGGGCUCCGCUAAAGGAUGGGCUGCCACCGUGACCUUUAACCCCCGCGCAAAGGCUCAGUUUGAAGCCUUCCGCUGUCGCCAGGACACCUUCAGCCUGGGCGUGUGUAACGGCUGCCAGCUGAUGGCCCUGCUUGGCUGGGUGGGAGCCCACCCUGAGGACCCAGCGGGGACAGGGGGCAGAGCGUCACAGCACAGCGUGGUUCUGACCCACAACACGUCGGGGCGGUUUGAGUCGCGGUUCGUGAGUCUGGGGAUCCUGCCGUCGCCUGCCAUCAUGCUAAAGGGCAUGGAGGGCUCUACGCUGGGCGUGUGGGUGGCACAUGGAGAGGGCCUCAUGCAGUUCCGGUCUCAGGCCGCUCUGGAGAGGCUGCUGUCCGCGUCCCUGGCCCCGCUGCGCUACGUGGAUGACGCGGGGGCCCCCACGGAGGAGUACCCCAUGAACCCCAAUGGCUCUUGCCAGGGCCUGGCGGGGCUCUGCUCGGAAGAUGGCCGGCACCUGGCCAUGAUGCCCCACCCUGAGCGAGCGGUGCUGUCCUGGCAGUGGCCCUGGGCCCCCACGUCCUUCAGAACCUCCCUCUCCCCUUCCCCGUGGCUGACCAUGUUCAGGAACGCAGCAGCCUGGUGCCUGAGCACUCAGUGACCAGGAAUAGGAAGGAAAUACUUCAGUAGGUAGGUUGUGGGAAGGUUCACAGGUGUUGGUAGUGUAUGGAAGUAACUAAGAGGUAACAGUGCAAUGGUUUUAAGAUUUAACAUUCCUCUAGGCUAGAAGGCUGACGACAGGACAUUCCACUAUUCAGAGCAGAUGAAAAGAAAAGAGCAGUACAAAUAAGGACAUCCCAGUAAUCGGACUGCCUGGAGAAAAGGAACGGUUGUAAAGUCAGGUUGAUUUUACUGUACUCUUGAUCAAAGGACACACAAACCUAAUGGACAGACUGUUUUCUUACUGUUUUUUUAAGCCAUUACACCUUUGUGUAACCAUAGCAGACAAGCCUGGUCUUAAAUGUCCAAACAGUAGUAUUUGGUUUACAAUAGCAAUAUUUUUUUCAUUCUGUUUAACUUGUAUAUGGCAAAAAUGCAAUAAAGAUCUCUCCUUAGCUGUCUGAA